UUUCAUAAUUGAGGGACUUUACAAGGAAAAAGCCCUCCCUCCCAUGGUGAUUUUGUUGACCUUAGGAAUAACCAGUAGCCCUGCAUCCUGCAAUCACAGAGUGUGAUUCUGAAGAUACAGGGUCAAUAACUCCUGCAAAUAACUGGACGCUAAUACAUUCAGGGCUUUACAAGUUAGCAACAAAAUAUGAACAAUCAAUUCUAUACUGCACAGAGAACCAGUCCAAACAGGGCAAAACAGGGUUCACUUUUCCUGGGUUUAGUCACAAUUCUAGCAUCUGUGAUACCAGAAACAAGUGCAUUGCAAGAGUCAAUUCAUGAUGAAACAAAGGCAUGCAUUAGCCUCUCAGCAUCAGAAAUGGAAAUAAUAGGUCUAAGGUUAGCUAUUUUUCUCAAAUGAUAAAAUGAUACUUUAGUAAUUUUCGUAAUGUGAUUCUCAAAUGAUCAGGAUCAAAGAUGACCCCCAAAUUUCUCAUUUCUAGUUUUAGCUCCACUGAAAGGCUGCUAAGGUCUAGCUUAUGUAAAUUGAUAUUGUUUAGUUGAUGCUGCCAGCCUACAAGCAUGACUUCUGUUUUGUCAGAAUUCAACAUUAAGCAGCUCUGCCAGCACUUGAUCUCAGCAAGGGAAGCAGCUAACAGCACCCCAGUAGAAGGAUCGCCUGGAUCCAAAGAUGGGUAUAGCUGAGUGUCAUCUGCGUAGCAAUGGAAGAACUGUACAUUAAAAUAAAUCAUUAUAUUGCAGAUAUAAUAAUUCACGAUACAAAUAAAAACAACUUUGCGACAUCCCCGGUGCUCCGGCGGUGCUUUUCAUAGUACUGUAGUAUACAUUUCCCACACACCCCUUUUGCUAACUAAAGUGCAGAAAGGCAGGUCACGACUUGCAAAAUGUUCAGAAAACACCCAGCGUGUUGCAGAAACCUGAAUCGUUUCUUAAAGUAAAAAGUCACGAAGAAAAUGAAAACCAGCGUAUGAAAAUACAACAAACCCAAUCCAGCAAACUGUACCGUAAGUGCUUGUGUGCAUUUCUCUUUCAUUCACUUUGAGUUUUGGAACUCAGUCAAUUUAAGCCUCUGGCGGGUGAAGAAGGAAAAAAAAAAUCACAGUGUGGAAGCCCGUUUGGAAAAGAAAAUAUGCACGUACAGUAUGGCACCCUGAGGAAGACAGACAGCUGUGAUCCUGGAAGAUGGAGACCCCUGGGGCCGGUGAUUUUAACUUGACAAAUUCAAACCAAACCUCCUUGUACACGUGCCAGUUCAACGAAAGAUUCAAAUACAUCCUACUGCCAUUGUCUUACGGGAUCGUCUUGUUCACAGGGCUGGCGCUCAACCUCAUGGCUCUCUACGUGUUAUUGUUCAAGACAAAACGGUGGAAGUCGAACACGAUUUACAUGUUCAACCUGGCAAUAUCGGACACCUUGUACAUCACCACCCUGCCCUUUCUGAUUUACUACUACGCUGAUGAGAAUGACUGGCCCUUCGGCAACGCCAUGUGUAAAUUAAUACGCUUCCUGUUUUAUAACAACCUCUACUGCAGCAUCCUGUUCCUGUCUUGUAUCAGUAUUCAUCGCUUUCUGGGCAUCUGCUACCCCGUGAGGUCACUGCAAUGGGUGAGCGUUCGCAGGGCCCGGGUGGUCUCCAUUGCCGUUUGGAUUACUGUGGUGUCCUUUCAGUCUCCCAUUUUUUAUUUCUCACAGACUCUCUCCGUCCAGGCUGAGAAGAUUUGCUAUGACACCACCAGCAAAGAACUGUUUUCUUAUUUCCUAAUUUACAGCUCUGUCAUCUCUGUGCUGCUCUUCGUGAUUCCAUUUCUCACCGUUAUGAUCUGUUAUUUCCUGAUGGCGAAGAAGCUUCAAGAGUCCAGCGCAGGACGCUCCACCUCAACAUCCAAGAAGAAAUCUGUCAGGAUGAUAAUCAUCGUCCUCUGCGUUUUUGUGCUCUGCUUCCUGCCCUUCCACAUCACUCGCGCGGUUUAUUAUUUCUUCAGACAAUUUGAUUACCCGUGCGGGAUGCUCGAGGCCUCAAGCAUCGCCUACAAGGUGACUAGGCCUCUGGCCAGCGCCAACAGUUUCCUGGAUCCAAUUUUAUACUUCCUGGCAGGACAGAGCUUUCGUAAGCAGCUCACCAGGAAGGAAAAUAAAUGCAAGUCAAACAUACACUCUGACAUUACCUUAACAACCAGCAUGUGAUGUAUGUUGUAAAUGGAGGGAAACAAACAAAUGUCUGCAGCAACAAACAAAACAACAGUACUGUGUCCCAAAGAUGCAGAUUUGCCAAUGAUGAUCAGCAGGGUAGUACUUUUUCUCUAACUUUAUUAUCAAAAAUGGGUACCACAGUUAAUGUUACCAAUUUUUUUGUUGUUGUUGUUUGGAACCAGGAUGAUGGUGUAUUUACAUUAGAUCAGUUCGAUUUUCUUGGUGGUUACACUGGGGCUUUUCAGAUAAGAAAUAACUACGAUGAGCUGCUUACAGCUGUGAAAUAUA